AUGUGUCAUCUGCUAGGCAAGAAAUCAUGGAACGUAUAUAACAAGGACAACAUCGAGCGCGUGCGUCGCGACGAGGCCAAAGCCAAAGCGGCCGAGGAGGCCGAGGAGCAUCGCAUGCAGGAAGUCGAUGCGGCACGACGACUAGCCAUUCUACGUGGCGAAGUACCGCCCCCGAUUGAACAAGAUGAAGAAGCUGCCGCGCUCGAGCCAGAGGCGGCGAGCGGGAGCAGGCCGUCGCACAGUCUUGGCACAGGCAGGCGGCCGCGAAAGCGCCACGGCGAAGACGACACCGACUUUGAGCUGCGCAUCGCCAAGGAGCGCGAGCUCACUGUGAGCCGGGCCGCCACGGAAGCGAAGCGCACCACGAGCUCAGCGCCCAUUGUUGACCGCCGGGGUCACAUUGACCUGUUUGGCAGGGACAGCAACAACAAGAACCACGCCCAUACCGAGAAGAAUGAGGAUGCGGAGCGAGAGGCGAGCCGCAAGAGGCGUGAAUACGAAGACCAGUAUACAAUGCGCUUUGCCAACGCCGGCGGCCAGCCAGGGCUCGAUGCGCCCUGGUACUCGGCGGGCGGGCGCAAGGAGCAGCAGACAAUGGCGGUGAUGAAGAAUGUCUGGGGCCGCGACGACCCGCAGCGCAAAGAGCGCGACGAGAAGCGCAUCGUGGCGAGCGAUCCGCUGGCAAUGAUGAAGCAGGGCGCCGCCAAGGUGCGCGAGCUCAAGCAGGAGCCGGAGAGGGCGCCAUGGGGGGCGGGAGCACCGCUCAAGGAGGCAUAG